ACUUUAGUUCGAUAUCACUUAAAAGAAGUCGGUACACAAAACUGCUGGGUAUCGUGUCCAAUCCAGUCAUUUCCAUGUUGGUUUGAGAAUGGGAACCUUCUUGGGAGUUUGUGAGGCCUGGAAAGGGUUCCCGCCCCUCCACCCGGAGAGACCACCUCACUCUGCCCUCCUCACCCUGCCAAGGCCGCGCGGGUCACCCCCUCCCCACCCCUCUCCACAGUGAGGCGCGAGCCCGCGGUCCCUGCCGCCUCCCUCCACGUCCGGGGCCCUUGCUUCCCCUGCGGGCUGCGGUCCGUGUAUAUUUAAAGAACAUGGCCGUCCGGGCUUUUUUUGUCUGACCUUUAACCUGAGCCGUGGAGGCCGGGGCAGCUGGUCUCGGGCACGCGCCAUCGAUCAUUAGGGGCGCGUGUGGCGACCGUUGGCGGGGUUGGCGGUGUGUCUGCGCUGCUUGGUGAGGACGUGGCUGCGUAUCUUCUGCCCGAGGGCUGGCCGCGGGGUGCGGGGUGGGGUCGGCUCAGGCGUCCUGAGAGCCAAGAGGGAGCCGCGGGAUGAACUGGCCGGCGGCCGGGCGGCAGGGGUGGGCGGGUCGGGAGCUGGGGGAGGCGGGGCCGGGGCUCCUGCCCGGUCGCCAGUUCCCCUUGGAGAACUGCGGGCUACCUCCGCCCAUACGGGGAGGGCAGCGCCUGGAGUAUGGGUUUCCCUGCUCUCUGGCCCGUAGCCUGGAUCAAGCACAAGGAAAUCGUGGCAAAUACCCUAUUCGGAGUGGUUUACAAUCUCAUCCACAACAUUCUCUUGUGCAUUUCCAAUGUAUUACAUAAUAGAGACACGGUCGCUUUUAGGGGAAAUGUCUGAAAAAUUGAGAAGAUGCAGAAAGGAGCUGACUGCAGCCAUUGACCGGGCCUUUGAAGGAGUCAGUCAUUCCCAGGAGUGCUCAGGCCGGCCGAGGCUGGAGCUGGACGCAGCGCCAUCUUCCUUCCACCUCCCUGUGCACGGGCUUCUCUGCAGGAGGCACGCGCUUGCAACCUGUUCCCCUGCUGCUCCUUUUGCUCCUGUCCCGUGUGUCUCUGAGAAUGAGAGCCCUGCCUUUGCACCAAACCAUGCCCCAAUGAAUGCAAAGACACAUGCUUUAUGCCCCAAAAGAAAACCUCUGACCAGCAAGGAAAACGUAUUGAUGCAUUCCUCCAUUUUGACACCUGCGAGAGUGUUUUGGAGAGCGCCAGGAGAUGGGGAGAACUGGAGAAAAGAUGGUCUAAGCUGCAGGAAAGAUAUGGAGAAAGAUUUGAAGGUUGACUCAAACAUGCCACUCAGCAGUUCUAGCCAAGAGGUCACAAAGGAUCUGCUUGAUACGAUCGACCAUACAAGCAUCCGAACUAUUGAAGAAUUGGCUGGAAAACUAGAAUUUGAAAACGAGUUGAACCGUGUGUGUGGUCACUGUGAAGAUUCACCCUUCAAGGAGGAAGCCUGGGCUCUACUCUUGGACGAGAGCCCUCAGAAGCCCUCAGAUGCUGACCCUGGCCGCCUCAAGCAGGCUUUUGAUGAUCACAAUAUCAUUGAGACUGUUCUGGACAUGGAAGAGGAUUACAAUUUAAUGACCUCUUUUAAAUACCAAAUUGAGUAAGGACAGUAGACUUUGAUUCUUUGCAGCAGGAGGCUGACGUUAAGGUGUCUGUGCAGAAGCAGUCACAGUUGUCAUCAGGGGCCAUAGUUUUCAAAGAGUUAGCAGAAUCUGAAUUACUACACCCCCCUUUAACUUACAGUUGUGUCCUUUUUUGAGCUGAGAGCCCAGUUUUUUUAUACUGUUGCUUUGAAAUGUUUCUUACUGUAGAUUUUUUUUUUACUUUUCUUCACAUCUUGAAUGCAUUUCUUUGAUUUAUGUUCAAUAUACCCAGUACCCAAGACAGGUGCAGUUUGUGGGUCUCUGCUCUGCCUCUUGGUGUUCUUUUCCGUGGGCCCCUGAAGAAGUACCAGAGCCACAACCAAGGUGGGCUUUGUGUACCCUCUGGGACCAGCCCAUCCCAAGCCAGCUCAGCCCGCACGGAGGAACUAGGAUCAAAAUGGACCUUGGCCCCAGGCCCUCUGCCACCCUUGCAUACUUUGCUUUCCUUAUACACUUAGCACACAGGGCUGCCUGUUCCCUACAUGAGCCCCAUGCCCUCCUCAUGUCCAAACCAACCUCCCUCAAUUCCCCCAUCCCUGCCCCUGCCCGACUCAGAAGCCUCUGCAGAAGCCUCCUGGUUGUGUCAGAGGGGCUCGCAGCAUCCCUGGUCCCCUCCUCACAGGACAUUCCCAUGAGGCCUCCCAUCACCCACCCCGCAUCAGACACCUGGGUCUCAGCUGAGGGGGAAUGGGGAGGGAAGGGUAAGCACAUGUCCUGCCCAUCCACCUUCAUGCCUGAGCUUUAUCCAUCCCACCCCAGGACUGGAGAUGCUGGAGGCCAUAGGUGGUUCCCAGGGCAGUAAUCCUGCUGCAGCAAGAUGGAGAGGGAGUGAAGGAGGGGCCAGGCCACUGCCCUCCUGAGGUCAGCAUGGCAGCAAAAGCUUGGCAGGCCUGGCUCCAGUCCCACCCCUGGAAAGAAAGGACAUCAUCAGAAAAUAUUUGGACAAAUUUUUCAAAAUCAUGAUGUUCUUUUAGAAAACCUAAUAAGCUGUUAGGCAAGGUUCAAUGCCUUCCAGAAACAGUCUCAGGGAAGUGCCUGCCUCCUAGGCUCAUAGGAGAGGACAGGAGUGGGGAGGCUGGCAUGGGGGCUGCUUGUAAGACCCAAAGCCCAAAUGCACCAAAGAGCUGGGGAGGAAGGCCCAGUGGCCGAGGGGCCCCCUUGCCAGGCCAUCUUUUAGGCUAGUGACCUCAGCCUAGGGCAGGCUGCGGAGCUGGUGACACCCCUUCACCACAGGCCUGGCGGUUCCUCUGGGCUUACAGGUGGACACCACAUACCCACUCCUUAGUGGAGCGAGGCUGGGCACUUGCCCACACCCUGAGAAUUAGCCCUGGCCACUUUGGAAUGGGCCUCCCCUGCAGGUGCAGCCACCUCCACUGCCCUGCCUGGGGCAGAGGGUAGGACAAGACUCAGCAGAGGCUCCUCCCAGGCCACCUGACACUCAGUCCCUGCAGGUGGCUGCACCCUCAAUAAGUACUCACAGCGUGGGGAGUUGGGGGCCAAUUUGUUCUGCCUGAGCAGGAAGGACAGGAGCAAAUGAAAAGAAAUGCUCACAGCAUCCUCGGCUGCCCUGUUCAGCUGGAGAAUGGGCUGUCUGGAUGGAGAGAUGUCAGGCUACUUGAUAUCCAAAAAAACAGAUCUCAGAACAGUAUGUUCCAAAUAUGUGUUGAUGUGAGUACUCUCCCAUAGAGGAGGUGGAGCUUAAUCCCCAUCCCCCCAACCCCUAUCCCAUCACCACCCCUUGAGGGUGAGCUAGACUUAGUGACUUGCUUCCAAGGAAUAGAGUAGGGAAAAGGAAAAAUAUAUUUACAUGGAGAAGCCUGGCAGACCCCACUUAACCAAGUGAUGAAGGUGAACAUCACCAUGAUGGUGUGUGGUUGUCAUCCACCCCGAUAGGAGGUGAUGAGAAGGGCGCUCCACCUGUGUGGUGUUCUUACCAAAAACCCACAUCCCCAGUCUAGUUAUGAGACAGAUGUCAGACAAACUCAGAUUAGGGGACAUUCUACAGGAUCCCUGGCCAGUACUCAAGACCGUCAAGGUUGUGAAAAACAAGGAAGGACUCAAAAAUUGUGACAGUCCCGUGGAGACUAAGGAGACACGAUAACUAAACGCAGUGUGGUAUCCUGGAUUGCAUCCUGGAACAGAAAGAGGACAUUAAUGGAAAAACUGAUGAAAUCUAAAUAAAGGCUGGAGUUCAAUUAA